ACAAGAAGUGUGACCAUGAAUGUAAGGAGAAGAUGACACUUGUUUGUUCACUUGCGGAAAAUCUGCUUUCCCUCCUGUUGAUCAUCUGAAAUGCUUGAUCAACCAAGAAAUCCGUUCUCUCUGCACAUACUGUAAAUACACCCACACACACACACACACACACACACACACACACACACCCAGACCCACACCCACACAGCAAGGCCCUUCCUCCUGCACAAAAGUCUUUUCCACCUGAAAAAGCUCAAGAAGAAACUGCCCACACGUCCAGUCACCAUGAGGUUUGAGGAAAUCCUUGAUGAUGUCGGCGGCUUCUCCAGGUUCCAGGUCCUGGUUCUGAGCAUUCUCUGCCUCCCGAGAGCCAUCCUCCCCCUCCACUUCCUGCUGCACAACUUUGUGUCGGCGACACCCGCUCACCACUGCGCCCUCGGGAGCCGGGGAGCCGACGAGCCAGAGCCAUUUCCCCCGGCGAUUCCCCGACUGGACGACGGCACCUUGAGCUCAUGCAGCAUCUACGAGGACCCGGCGGCAUCCAACCUGACUCGGACCAACGGGACCACCCCUUGUCCUCGCGGCUGGGUCUAUGACCAAUCAGAGUUCACCUCCACAACCGCCACUGAGUGGGACCUGGUUUGUGAGGACCGAAGACUCAAUCAGGCGUUGGCGACAUAUUUCUUCCUUGGGGUCACGGUUGGCGCCAUCCUGUUUGGGCAUCUUUCCGACAAGUUUGGACGUAAGUCGAUGCUGGUGUUGGCCUUGUCGGCCACCGCCAUGCUGGGCGUGGCCUCGGCUUUCUCUACCUCUUACGUCAUGUUUGCUGUAUCGCGGGCGCUCUGCGGCGCCGCGCUAAGCGGCCUGUCCAUAAUUGGCACAGUUCUGGGAAUCGAGUGGACGGAUGUGAAGCACCGCACGUUCACGGGCACGGUGAUCAGUCUGUCAUGGAGCGUGGGCAACAUGCUACUCGCCCUUCUCGCCUACACUAUCCGAGACUGGCGCCACCUGAUGCUGGCGGUCACUGCGCCCUGCGUGGUGUCCAUCAUCAGCUGCUGGUGGCUGCCCGAGUCGGCCCGCUGGUUGCUCGCCAACGGCAGAACUGACGAGGCCCGCAAGUACCUGCUCCGCUGCGCCAGGAUGAACAAGAAAAACCACAGCAAUUUGGAGGCAGAAACCCUGGAAAAAGUCACGGUAUCCGAGGUGGCGGAAAAGACUCACUCUUACCUGGACCUGCUCAGAACACCUCAGCUUAGGAGGAUCACACUCAUCUCUGGCCUCUUCUGGUUCGCUGUGGCCUUCCUCUACUAUGGCAUCAGCUUUAAGAUCUCGGGCUUUGGCGUCAACAUCUACCUCACACAGUUCAUCUACGCCGCCAUCGAAUCUCCCGCCAAAAUCCUGACCUACUUUGCUCUGGACCACAUUGGGCGGCGCAACGGACAGGCCUGGUUUCUGAUAACAACCGGAGCACUGAUUGGCAUCAACACGGCCAUCCCGCUUGAGUUCUCGGUGGUUCGAACCUGUGUCGCCGUGGUGGCCAAAGGUUUCUCUGAGGCGGCGUUCACCACCGCCUUCCUCUAUUCGGCUGAGCUUUACCCGACCAUCCUUCGGCAGUGCGGGAUCGGGUACGCUUCCUGUCUCGGUCGCAUCGGCAGCUCCUUGGCGCCGAUGAUCAUGCUGCUUGAGGACGCUUGGCUUUUCCUGCCGCCCCUCAUCUUCGCUGGAACGGGAAUACUCAGCGGAGCGUUUGUCUUCCUGCUGCCAGAGACGCUAAAUGUGCGCCUGCCGGAGAACAUUCUGGACAUCGAGGAGGGAAGACACAUCAAGUCAGACAGCCAUUAUAGUACUGAGAUGACCGCCAUCACGACCACGCCAACGCACAGCUUCUAGCAUUCCUGGACGUGUCCAAUCGAUGGAUGGAUGGAUCCACUCUGAAUCUACACAUGUUUAAGUUUUGUGAGGUUAAAAUCAAAUAAAUGUAUUUGCCUUGAAGAACCA